CGCGAUAACCGCCUUUGGACGACGCCAACGCGAUCAACUCGAUCGUGCUAGCCCGGCCGGAAUCUCGGAACCCGCGACCACCCGCCCACCGGCCCCAUCUCCGGCGCCUCCAUCUGACCCGCGCCGGCCGCAUCGCCGCCCGAUGGAGGCGAUAGAGGAGCUCUCAGAACUCGCCGAUGUCACGGCGCAAGCCUCCGGGCUGCUCGCGGACGAUGACCCGGCCGACGGCGCCACAAGGCGCGGCGGCGGCUCCUCGUUCCUCACCGUCGUCGCGCUCGGCAACGUCGGCGCAGGGAAAUCGGCGGUGCUCAAUGGCUUGAUCGGCCAUCCUGUGCUCCCUACUGGGGAGAAUGGAGCAACCAGGGCCCCAAUCUGUGUAGACCUGCAGCGGGAUGCGUCGCUCAGCAGCAAAACCAUUGUGCUGCACAUCGACAGCAAGUCGCAGCAGGUUUCUGCCAGUUCCCUCAGGCACUCGUUGCAGGACCGGUUGACGAAGGCUGGAAGUUCUGCUAAGGGUCGAUCAGACGAGAUAAACGUGAAACUAUCCACCAGCACAGCCCCUCCAUUGAAAUUGAUUGAUUUACCAGGGAUUGAUCAGCGUAGCAUGGAUGAAUCAGCAAUUGGGAACUCUGUGGUACGUAGUGAUGCAAUUCUGCUAGUUAUCAUUCCAGCUCUACAAGCGCCUGAUGUGGCAUCAUCUCGUGCUCUACGGCUUGCCAGAGAGUUGGAUUCGGAAGGUACUAGAACCAUUGGAGUCUUGAGCAAAGUUGAUCAGGCAGCUGGAGAACAGAAAGCUAUUGGUGCUGUUCAGGCCCUGCUUGCGAACCAAGGUCCAAGAACUGCAAAAGACAUUUUGUGGGUAGCUACAAUUGGACAAACUGUUCCCACUGCGUCUGCCCAGUCAGGAGUAGGUUCUGAAACCUCACCAGAAACUUAUUGGCAAGCUGAAGCUGAAAGCCUUUUAUCUAUACUUUGUGGAGCUCCUCUUAGUAAACUUGGUCGAGUAGCUUUAGUUGAUUCACUUUCUAGGCAGAUAAGGACAAGGAUAAGAGUUAGGCUCCCACAUCUCUUGAAUGGUCUUCAAGGGAAGUCUCAAAUAAUUCAGGAGGAAUUAGCAAAGCUUGCAGAAAAUAUGGUCCAAACUUCCGAAGGAACCCGGGUAAUUGCUUUAGGGCUUUGCCGGGAAUUUGAGGAUGCGUUUCUCCAGCACAUUGCAGGUGGCGAGGGUGCAGGUUGGAAAGUUGUGGCUAGCUUUGAGGGGAAAUUUCCAACAAGGGUUAAACAACUCCCUUUGGACAGGCAUUUUGAUAUGAAAAAUGUCAAAAAGGUUGUUCUAGAAGCCGAUGGCUAUCAGCCAUACCUGAUAUCACCCGAGAGAGGCUUAAAGUCUCUUAUAAAAGGACUUCUAGAGUUAGCUAAGGAACCAUCAACGCUUCUUGUGGAUGAGGUUCAUCGUGUAUUGCUAGAUAUAGUAUCAGCUGCAGCAAAUGCCACUCCAGGACUUGGUAGAUAUCCCCCUUUCAAGCGUGAGGUAAUUGCGAUUGCAUCUGCUGCUCUAGAGGGUUUUAAAAAUGAAGCCAGAAAGAUGGUUGUUGCACUGGUUGAUAUGGAGCGUGCAUUUGUACCUCCCCAGCAUUUUAUUCGCUUGGUGCAGAAAAGAAUGGAAAGGCAACGUCAUGAAGAUGAGUUGAAAAAUCGCGCUAUGAAGAAGAGUUCAGAUGCAGACCAAAACAGAGCCACGAGCCCACUAGUCCAAGGAAAAGAAUCAAAUUUACAAAUUCUAGGACCUGCUGGAGAAAUUACAGCUGGUUUUCUGUUUAAAAGGCGUGCAAAAGGAAAUGACUGGAGCAGGCGAUGGUUUGUUCUAAAUGAGAAAAGUGGAAAGCUUGGAUACACUAAGAAACAAGAGGAGAGACACUUCCGGGGUGUCAUCAAUUUGGAGGAGUGUAAUCUUGAAGAGAUUUUAGAUGAGGAAGAUCCUCCAAGAAGUUCUAAAGAUUCUAGAAGGUCAAGUGGGACAGAUUUCGGAAAAGCUCCUAGUCUCGUUUUCAAGAUUACUAAUAAGGUUGCUUAUAAACAUGUUUUGAAAGCUCACAGCACUGUUGUACUGAAGGCUGAAAGUAUGGCUGACAAAACUGAAUGGGUUGCCAGAAUUAAGAGUAUUGUUGCAAAGAGAACAACUGUUUCAGAAGGUGGUUCACUGAUGAGGCAAAGCCAUUCAGAUGGUUCGCUAGUUUCUGUUUCAAAAAAAGAUGGUUCUCUAGACACAAUGCUAAGAAAACCUGCAGAUCCUGAAGAAGAGCUUCGAUGGAUAUCUCAGGAAGUUCGUGGAUAUGUGGAAGCUGUUCUCAGUAGUCUUGCGGCAAAUGUUCCCAAGUUAAGUAUUCUGGAUCUUGUUGAAGCGUUCUGAUUUCCAUUUCACAACUUCCAAUGUCUUACUACUCUUGUUCAACAGGCUGUCGUUCUUUGCCAAAUUGAGAAGGCAAAGGAAGACAUGCUUAAUCAGCUCUAUACUUCCAUAAGCACGCAAAGCAUUGCCAGGAUUGAAGAGCUCAUCCAGGAGGAUCAUAACGUGAAGCGCAGGCGCACAAAAUUUCAAAUGCAAUCAUCCCUUCUGUCCAAGGUUACUCGCCUGCUCAGUAUCCAUGAUAAUCGCUCAAAUGAUUCUGCUAGAUCAGGUGUGGGGACAGUGAGUUGCCGGUUCAUGCCUUGCAGAUAUUAGCCCAAGAACCGAUGUGCAAUCCGGAUAAGAAUGGAGAUCUGCAUUUGAUGGCAGUAGCAGUGGCCAUCGAAAUAGUAAUGCAUCACAAGAUUGUGACUCGCUGGUCGGAACUAACUCUGGGAUUCGCCACAUGCCAAGUCGAACGCCACCACAGCUUCCACCACAGGGCAGUCGCUUGGGGUAUGGCUUCUAAUUCAGCGCUUGUGAUUAUUGGCCGGGAACACAUUUGCUGGCUCCACGUGCUCUAAUGUCCAAUUGAUUCAGACUUUUCAGAAGAAACCCGUCCAUCUUAAUUUGUUUUGAUUAAUUCAAGUGACCAGUUCUCUAGGACUUACCCGGACUAUCUUAAUUUUUCAUACUAAAACCAGCAGUGACCCGUGCAAUUGCUUGGGCAGCAUCUUACACUUGUAUAUAUUUAU